CGGUGGCCACCUCUAAUUGAAGACCGGCAAUAAUUAAUAUUACACAAGAUAACGACAAUUUAAAUAAUAUAACAACAAAAUGGUGGGACUGAGAAUGCCUUCGAACCGCACACUCGGCAAAAUAUGUGUCUACGGUGCUGUGGCCUCCAUAUCUGCCGUGAUGUACAUGCGCUGGAAAAUGGAGGAUCGAGUCAAGUCGUGCGACUACUACAAACUGGCACUGAAAGGACUGCGUAGCCACCGGGGCGCUGUUUCGCUGUUGGGGGAACCUAUCAAGGAUUCGGGCAUCGACCUGGGCAAUCCCAACAACAAUUGCAAUGCGGAGAUCGCACAAUUUGAGGUUUCUGUUCGAGGCAGCAAGGAUAAAGGAACACUAUACUUCUGGGCCUCCCAUCAGCCGGAUAGGGGCUGGCUCAUCGAUCGCCUAGAGCUCGAAACGAAACUCAAUCCCGAAAAGCGGUUUCUGCUCAAGAAAUCUGAUGAAGAAACCAGCGAUCUGCCCGAGACUGUAAGCAAACUUCCAGCGCAACACAACACCAAUCAGUUGAAUGGCGAACAGGGUGUAACGCAGUUAAAUUAGUGGCAAUAUUCGAUUCAAUUAGUUUAUUCUCAUUAAAUUUGACUAAUUCAAGCAAUCUUAAGUGUUGUAUAGUUGUUAUUUUAAUUACAAA